GUAUAUAUUUGCAGUCACAUCACGCGCACGGCGAGCUGGUUGCCGCCGGCUGAGAGCUGGCCAGUGGGGAAGGAUGCCCAGGAGCAGGAGGAGGAAGAGCUGCCUUAUGGAUGGGAGCAGGCGCUGGAUAGCCGCGAAAAGCCAUAUUAUAUCAACCAUAUCAACAAAACUACAACAUACGUGGCGCCCGAAGGAUGUUCGUGCGAGUCGCCACCAGCGCCUCGGGACGUGGUGCUGGAGAGAGAGCUCGGCUUCGGCUUCGUGGCUGGCUCGAAGCCUGUCCUCGUCAGAUUCGUUACUGACAACUCGCCUAGUGUGGGGAAGUUGGAGCCAGGCGAUCAGAUCCUUUGCGUAAACGGAGAAGACGUGAGCCUCGCUGCCCGUGAGCAUGUGAUAUCGGCAGUACGCGCGUGUAACGAACGCGUGACGCUGCGAGUCUGCCAGCCCGCCAGGAGCGGCAACCCUGCCAGGCGGUCCGCCAUGCUGUCCGCCGCCAAACGAGCCAGGUUGCGCGCCAGGCCACCCAGGGUGCGGUUUGCUGAUUCUGUGCAGUUGAAUGGUGCGCCUAUGUACCCGCCAUCAGCAUUCUCCCUAGGCGAUCUUUGCUUACCUCCAAUGGCGAACGUGCUCAAAGUUUUCCUUGAGAACGGUCAAACCAAAUCCUUCAAAUACGAUACCACCACGACCGUAACAGACGUGGUGACCAGCCUCAAGGAUAAGCUGUGCAUCACCGCCGAAGAGCAUUUUAGCUUGGUGGUGGAACAUGUGAAGAGUUUGAGGAGGAAUAAACUGACGCUUUUGGACCCUAAGGAAUCUUUGGCUAGGAUCGCGGCGCGUCCCGGCUCGCACAAAAUGCGCUGUCUCUACCGCGUGGUCUUCAUGCCGACGUCAGCUGCUGAACUGGCGCAGCGGGACCUGGCCGCCCUGGACUACUUAUACCUGCAGUGCUGUAACGACGUCGCCCAGGAGCGGUUCGCGCCGGAAUUACAGCCUGAGGUCGCCCUCAGGCUCGCGGCUCUGCAUAUGCACCAACACGCCCUCGCUAACAACUCGCCUGCCAAGUUGACUGUUAAGGCUGUCGAGAGAGAGUUUGGCCUGGAGCGGUUCGUGCCGAGCGGGCUGCUGGAGAGCAUGAAGCAAGAGUUGCGGCGCCUCGUCGCGCACUUCCUCAAGCUCAACUCGCAGAUGACCGGCAGCCAGCGGCAGCUCACGCAGUUACAAGCGAAGCUGCACUACCUGGACAUCGUGUCUGGGCUGCCGAGCUACGGCGCCAAGUGCUUCAGCAGCAGCCGGCCCGAGCGCGUGCUGCUCGUGUCGCCGCGCUUCGGGCUCAGUCAGAUCGUCGGCCGCGGCGGCUCUGUGCCUCAAGCAAUCGCCUCUCUGGAAGAAGUGGAAGGCAUCAGAGUCAAACGCGAGUGUGCCGCCAGCGCGGACGUGGCUAUUUUUCUACAGAGGGACAGGGUCCUCGCUCUAAUGGAUGAGAGGGAUGCGGCAGAGAUGCCCUUGUUAUUGCUGGGAUAUUACCGUCUAGCGACCGGUCGAGAUCUUAAUGUUGAGUUAGAACGGGAACCGAUGACAGAGGAUAUAGCCCCACCAUACCUGUCGCAACACAACGUGGUGCCGGCAAAAUGGAGCUAUCUGCAUUACGACGAUCCCAACGUUUUAUCUAAAAAGCAUUACGCGAUCUUCAGCAUGCCGCCGCCAUACCACUCCACGCCGGACCAGAGCAAAUCUAAUCUGGAUUCCAACAUGAACAGUAAUAUCACAAACAAAAAUAGCAACAACUCCAGUCCUCUCACUGGAUACGAACCCAAGAGUGGUCUCCUAGGACAUGACGUCCACUUCGAGAAAUGCAAGAGAAGCGAUGACUUCAGACUUUUCGAUCCAAACGAUGCAUGCUAUCUGGACGAUGGCAUGGGCUUUGAUCUUCAAAGCGUUUUGUCUAUGGAAUUAUUGGAGAACGCGAGCAAUAAUCCGAGGUUAGUAGAAGCGAAGAAUGAAGCAGUGUUGAGACGAGUGGCAGAGAUGCAGAAGUUAGUCGAAAAUUCUGAGCAAUAUUUGACUGAGCACUGUGAUGUUUAUGGCGAAGAUAUAUACCGUGAUGGCAUGAUUAGAGACGAAUUUGUUGGUAAAGAAACUAGUGUUGAUCACGUUGAAAGCGACACUGAAUCCAAUAAUAGUAGAAUGUCGUCUGCUGACGAUGCGCCUGGCAUACUUAAACAUAGCGAUUCACUGUUACUUCUAACAGAAACUAUAAACCAAGGUCUUAAUGGCUUGAAUGUACAAGAGACUCCGAAGGAAACUAAUAAUGUUGCUUUAACAACACGACAGUCGCAAGGUCUUAGUGCUAUUUUGAAUAAUUGCGGACUAACUGAUGCUCUAUUAGCUUUGAAUAAUGAUCUUUGCCACUCAGAAAGCGAUAAUGAUUCUUUGUAUACACCAACAAAUAGUCCAAUACGUAGACAUCAAAAUAAAACCACGAAUAAAGCAGUACGAACCAGUUUUGGUCUUCAUAGUCCCGACAAUACUCAAGAUACGAAAGAACCCAAUCUAAAAGAAUAUUUAAAACAACUCCGAGAAAAGAGUAACAAAGAAGAAACUGCUGCGGCAGAAUAUCCUUUCUAUUACCAAGAGAGCUUAGUUGAUAAUGACGUCGAGCUUAUAGAUUUAACACUUAUCCCUCCUCCACAAACGCCAGAUGAAUUAGACAGUGCUACACAAGUGCCUCAAAUUCUACCAGUUGCCCCUUCCUUUGCUGAUAAGGAAGGCUCGCAGGAAACCCUGAGGGGCACCAAAACAGAACUAGAAGAAUUUAUAGCUAAUGUUACUAUACAACCACCAACGGUGAAAGUCACUCCUGCAAUCGAGUUAACACCCGAAGAAAUAAUGUCAUACAUCAUUCCACCCCCGGGCUCAAAUGCUUCCACAUUAGAUAGAGAUCAAGUAAGCUAUGUAAAUCAAACACAAAUAUUAGAAGCUAGGCAAAAUGCAAUUGAAAAUAUAAAGCCUUCAAACGGUGAUGUAGUAAAAGGGCAGUUAAGCGUUAGUGAAAUUAGAAAUAUGUUCGCAGCAAAGACUUUGAGUGAAGCGAGAAAUAGUUUGUUACUUAAAGAUAAGAACAAGACUUCUUCGCAAACUAAAUCUGAUUCUCCUAAGGGCAAAAGAAAAAGUAUAUCGGGAGAUAAACAAUCUAAUGGAAACGCGCAUGUGAUUGAAUAUCCAACCGUAGAACGGAAAGGAAUGUUCUCGUGUUGUAGCAAAGAUAAAAAUAAAAACGAUGAAAAUAAUGAAGAAACUGAAAAAGUGGAAACUCAGAUACAAAAUUCAGACUCUAUGCCAGACGUUUGUGAAAUAAGACCGCCGCCCAGAAGAAAAAACUCUGAUGUCAAGAAACCGCCGGAAAGACCUCCGAAGACGCCGCCCACACCUGCGCCGAGACCUCGAUCUAACUCUUUCACCUGCCUCAACAACGAAUUAACCGCAGUAGAGAUCAGGAGUAAUCACUUUAGUACCCUGAACAAUAGGAAAUUGAACUACAAAGUAAUUUGCGACAUCAAUGAGCAAGCGAUGCAAGCGCCGCAGCUUCCUCCAAGACUAGAAAAUAAAGUCCUCUCUCCACCACCGCCUUUGUUGCUACCCCCCAAGAAACCACCACUACCUCCGGUACCAAGCAUCGAGGUUCUUCGGAUGAAGAACUCCCAGAAACAAUCACCGAUUAGGAAUCCGGAACAGCGGUUGGCGAGCAUCGGUUCUCCCCACUUCCAACGUAACUUGAACACGUAUAGAAAUCUAGAAAAUGAGAACCGAGUAGACGAAGAAAUACUGAUCAGAUCAACCCCAAAUUACAGCUCAAUGACGCUGCAGAACCGUCACGUAAGGUCUAACUCGGAGACGAAAAACACCAUACUGAAAAACAAGGAGAUGUCAACAGCUCUAUCUCUGUGCUCUCCUCAGAUGAACAGGAGAUUUAGCAACCGACCUGACCUUCUAAACGGUGCUCCAUGCGACCAGAAAGUGUUCAGUCCACCGCCUGAUCGUAAAUCUUUCACAGCCAGUCCUACUCCGAAGGUGAACCACGUGCGGUUCAAAGAUGACGUAGUAGACGAUAUCCCUACCCCGCCGUCACCGCCUACUGUGAAGUUCCCGGAGUUCCAGGCCGGGAAUAACGGUCAUGUGUCGAUAGAGAACUUGCUGUGCAAAACGGAAGUGGCGGUGGACGGGCUGUUGCAGCGCUUGCACCAGGUGGCGCAGAAGUGCUCACAUCAGCACGCACACGGCGGUGGAGAGGAUAUUGACGAGAUAAAAUUCCAGCGUGCCCGCAGCGAGCUAACGUCGUGCGCGGUGUCGCUGGUGGGUGCGUCGCGUGCGCUGGUGGGCGCGCUGGGGGGCUCGGCCGCCGGACCCCCCGCUGGACCCCCCGCCGCUCCCCCCGCCGCCGCGCUCGCUGACUGCCUCACGCCGCUCAGGAGACUGUCCGACCUGGCACAGGCUCUCGGUCGGCACACGUCAUCUCCACUCCAGACCAGAAACUUGGUUUUGAGAGUGCACGACGUGACAGCGGCCUUCAAAGAACUAGCCGGUGCUGAAAUGGCUCAAAUCAUUCACGAGCACAACGCGAAGAAGACACAAGGCCAGGGCCAGGACACCAGCUCUACGCUGGAGGGUCAGCUGGCGCUGCGGGCCGAGUGCCUCGCUAACGUGCUGGCAACGCUUCUCAGAAGCUUAAGGGUAUUUUCUCCAUAAUUUAGCGCGUAAAAUAGAACAUAGGCAAUGGCAGCUGUUUGCGGCUUCGUUGGUAAACAAUAUCGUCUGUAUGAUAUAGUAAUUUAAGUUAUAUAGUUUUUGUUGAAAAAUAUAACCGUUACUAAAAUGAGACCAAAUAAAAUUAGGUACGUUUUUUUUUGUGUGUAGAAAAUUUAAAUGUAGUUGGCAACACUUGUGUUAAUUUUAGUUGUAGUGAUGUAAAUUUUAACAUUCGUUCACUGUUUAUCUUUGUUAUCAGUUAUUGUGGCGUCUUUUUAUUCGGAUGAAUGGUUUUAACCAGGUUCGUGGCAAAAAAUUGCGACGCAAUUAAACGUCUCAAAUGCCUUGUUAAAUAUUCAAUAUUCAGAAAACAAACUAAUUGAUUGGAAAUGUAUAACUCACUGAGAUGAUAUUAGUAUUAAAUAACUGGAAAUAAAUAAUUAAAUUAUUAAAAAACCUAAUCUCAACAACUUACGUUUAAAGUAAAAUAAACACUUCAAAGUUUGGGCACUGCUACGCCAGAAUCUCGUUAAACAUUGUUAAAAUCCAAUACAGAACGAUUAGACGGUAGCUCCGUUUAUGACUUCUAUAUUAAAAGUGUUACCAUAGUUAUUAAAUAAUUUUACCAAUACAUAUCUAUUUACACGACAUUUGUGUAUAUUUAUUCUUAAGGAUGUGUGAUCGGAGGUGCAAAAUUUCUUAAUCUUACCGCCUCAUCUAUAAACUUAAUUAAAUUGUGUUAAACAUUUUUGUCUCUCUCUCUUAUGUCAAAUGAUCUGAGAGUGAAAAAGACAACGACAAUUUGAUUACCGAUUAAAAAUGUUUAUAGAUAAGGCUUUUAAUGUCUAACUAACCAUAUCUAUAUAAAUACACUCCAUUAACCAGUAUAAACAUGCGAUUAAAGUUGGUGUUGCUAGCUGUUAAAAUUUGUUCUUCGAUGUUGCCAGUAUUCGGUAAUGCUGAUAUUCAUAUAUUGGUGCUAUUUUGAAUGAGAAUGUGUAAAUUUUUUCAAAUUGUGAUAUUGUUGCGUUGGUACCCCAUUAUGUUUUUUUUAUCGCAAUGAAUAGUUCGUAAUGUGCACCAGUGAUUUGAAACUUACUUAAGACAUUUAUGUGAAUUUGCCCGCGUUAAACUUUUAUUACGAGCCGGGAUAUGAAUUAUUCUCAAAAUAUAUAGCAUCUACUUCAUUAAAACUCGAGAAACUAAACAAAUUAUUCAUCCUUUCACAGAUGGACGGCCAUAUAAAAUUCUGAUCUAUACUUUUAAGUUAAAUAAACAUCUCAAGCGCGGCGUCCACGCAGUUAUCUAUACUUAAUAAAAUUCAUAGAUUUUCCGUGUCUGUAAAUGAAUAGUUAAAUAAGUUUAUUUUCACAAUGCAGUAAUCUUAGUCAGGGAUACGCAUAAAUCUCUUACCGCCUGUUGAGUACAAUUUUACCUUUUCUGUUGUUCCAAAGCUUUUUAAUAGGCCAAAGACAAGAUUUUCUAUAUAUUUUAUUUUUAACACAUUUUUUAUUUUUAAUUUACGAUCAUUCCUUCCUUGGCUUUUAUACUUGGCAUAGACAAUCAGAUUUUAUUAUUCGACAAAUGUAAAAAUAAAAAAUAGAUUAAGUUUUGUCGGUUUGGUACACAGCGUCCGUAUUGUGAAAUUAAUAUAUUCAGCGUUUAAAGCAUACUUAUAGAUUGUAAACUUAUUAGGGCUUACUUCAUUUUAUUAAUAAUUCUUCAUAAGUGUAUUUAAAUUUGCAAUUACUAUGUAAUUUCUACACCAUAGUGCCAAUAUUUCGUUGCAUGUACGUAUAUGCUUCCAUAUAUUAUGUAAUAUGCAAGUCAUUACGUGGAAAAAUAAAAUAAAAUUACAAUUAUGUUCAUAAAAAUUGUGUAUUAACGCCAUCUAUCGAUGCUUAGGCGAACUACGUUGAAAUGUGUACCAGAUGACAAAACUAUUGAAUAUGUAUAAAAAUAAUUAAAUGAUAUACAAACUAACAUUGUAUCACACUCCAUUUAUUUAUUGUUCUGAAUAACAUAUACAAUGCAUUUGAUGUAAUAAACUAUAUGAAAAUAA